AUGGGUUUCGUCAAUUUCAAAAACUAUCGGGUCUAUAUCCUGACCUCGGUAGCCUACCUGGGCUCCCUGCUCUUUGGUUAUGACACGGGUGUUAUGGGGUCAGUCCUGGCCCUUACCAGUUUCAAAAAGGACUUCGGCCUUCCCGUUGAGUCAUCCGGAUUCAGCGACGAGAAGAACGCUCAGAUUUCCUCGAAUGUGGUUUCGCUACUGACAGCAGGAUGUUUCUUCGGAUCCAUCUUCGCUGCUUACAUGAACGACAGACUGGGCCGGAGGUACUCGCUCAUGAUCUUUGCCUUGAUCUUCCUGGUCGGAGCAGCUGUCCAAGUUGCAGCUCACCAUGAGAUUGGCAUGAUCUAUGGCGGACGUGUCAUCGCCGGUUUUGGUAUCGGUGGUAUGUCCAGUAUCACCCCGGUGUUUGUCAGUGAGAACUGCCCUCCGGCAACCCGUGGCCGUGUUGCCGGUCUCUUCCAGGAGUUCCUGGUGAUUGGUAGUACCUUCGCCUACUGGCUGAACUAUGGCGUCUCGCUUCAUGUUCCCGAAGGCACAAGCCAAUGGCGUAUCCCAGUUGCCAUCCAGCUUAUCCCCGGUGGCCUGAUGCUCAUUGGUUUAUUCUUCCUCAAAGAGUCUCCUCGUUGGCUACUGACGAAGGGCCGUCGGGACGACGCACUCAAGUCCCUCGCUUACAUUCGUAACGAGUCUGAAACCAGCGAUGCUGUUCAGCUCGAGUUUGCUGAAAUCUCAGCUGCCAUCCAUGAAGAAUCGCAGGCUACCGAAGGUCUCACAUGGAGAGAAUGCCUGAAGCCAAGCAACCGAUACCGGUUCUUCCUGGCAUUCGUCCUGAUGUUCUGGCAGCAGUUUUCCGGAACAAACAGCAUUGGAUAUUAUGCUCCUCAGAUCUUUGCAAGUGUCGGAUUGAGCAAAACGGACUCCUCUUUGUUCGCCACUGGUAUCUACGGAACAGUCAAGGUGGUUGCAACUGCCAUCUUCCUGGUCGUCGGUAUCGAUCGCUGGGGCCGAAAGAAGAGUUUGAUUGGCGGUGCCGCUUGGAUGGCUACGUCCAUCGCCAUGGUUGCGAUGAUUUAUCUAUAUGUCAUCGGAUACUCAGCAUCAUGGGGGCCAGUCCCUUGGGUAUAUCUUGGCGAGAUUUUCCCAACUCGUCUGCGCGCCUACGGUGUCGGGUUCGGAGCCGCCACGCAAUGGCUGUUCAACUUCGUCAUCACUGAGGUUACCCCCCGCGCUAUCAAUAAGAUAGGCUGGAAAACCUUCCUCAUGUUUGGCAUCUUCUGCUUUGCCAUGGGUGUCUUCGUCAUCGUAUUCUUCAAAGAGACAAAGGGCCGGACCCUGGAGGAGAUGGACCUCAUUUUCGGUGCUGUUGAUGAGCAACAGAGACUCGCUGAUGUCGAACACACCUUGCAAAAGACUCAAAUUAUGCAUGAAGAGAAUGCAGACACGACAGAGACUGCGAAGACUACAGAGCACAAAGAGUGA